AUGCCGCUGGACACAUCAGCAUACUCCCUCGCGCUCCUGCGCGUAGACGGCCGACGAUGGAACGAGCUGCGGCGCUGCCACGCGCAGAUCCGCACGCAGGCCGCCGCCGACGGCUCCAGCUACCUCGAGAUGGGACACACCAAGGUCAUGUGCGUGGUGACGGGGCCGAGCGAGGCGGCGCCGGGCCAGAGGAGGACGGGCAUCAACAUCACGGCGAACGCGACGGGCGGUGGCGCCAGCUCCCAGUCCAAGGAGGCCGAGGUGGUCGUCAGCAUAGUGGUCGCGGGGUUCAGCUCGGUGGAUAGGAAGAAGCGCGGCCGGGGUGACAAGCGUAUACAAGAACUCCAGGCGACGGUCUCGCAUGCCCUCUCGGCGACCCUCCACACCCACCUCUUCCCGCACAGCACCAUCACCUUCUCCCUGCACGUCCUGUCGCAGGACGGAUCGCUGCUGGCCGCGCUGAUCAACGCCGCCACGCUCGCCGCUGUUGACGCCGGAAUCCCCAUGGCCGACUACGUGGUCGCCUGCUCGGCCGGCUCGACUUCGUCCUACGCCGCCGCCGACGAGUCCGCUGAUCCGCUGCUGGACUUGAACCAGCAGGAGGAGACGGAGCUGCCGGGGCUGACGGCCGCGACUCUGGGGGCGACGGACCGCGUGGUCGUGCUCUCGUGCGAAAGCAGAGUCCAGGCCAGCCGGCUAGAAGGCAUGCUGGCUGUCGCGGUCGAUGGGUGCAAGCAGGUCAGGGAGAUUCUGGACAGGGUCGUCAAGGAAAGGGGCAGGCAAAUGAUCCGCGAGGGUGCGAUAGAAAAGGCGGAUGCGCUCAUGAUGGAUAUGGAGUAA